UUUUUAGAUGCCCUAAAUUACAGACAGAUGUCAGGACGUGCUGGAAGACGGGGACAGGAUAUGAUUGGAAACGUGUUCUUCUAUGAUAUUCCAUUGCCCAAAGUUGAAAGACUUAUCAAAUCCAACGUACCUCAGUUGAAAGGCCAGUUUCCUCUGACUGUUUCCUUAAUAUUGAGACUAAUGCUGUUGGCUGCAAGGGCUGAUGACAAAGAGGAUGCCAGAGCAAAGGCAUUGUCAGUGUUGAAACACUCACUGAUGUCAUUCAGAAAAGAAAGAUAUGCUGAAAUAUUAAAAAUUUAUUUUAUGUUUUCCUUGCAAUUUCUUAUCAAAGAGGGCUACUUGGAUCAAGAAGGUAACCCCAUAGGAUUUGCUGGACUUGUGACACACUUGUACUAUCAUGAACCUUCAAAUUUUGUUUUAGUGAGCUUUCUUGUGAAAGGUUUAUUCCACAAAUUGUGCCGGCCAAUUAAAGGCUCAACUGUUUUUUCAGAAGAUGUCCUGGAAAAGCUAGUGCUCAUUCUAGCAAACCUAUUUGGGAGAAAAUAUCUUCCAGCCUGCUCAAUGAAAUAUAAACGCAGAUUUUGCCAGUCAAAGGUCUUUCUAGAAGAUCUGCCAAAAGACUUUGCAGAUGCCGUAAAUGAGUACAACACCAAAGUAGAGGAAAAUUUUGCUCAUUUUCUUCUGACAACUGCCAAGCUGGCAGAUAUGGAACAAGAAUACAGACUUCCACUGUCAAAGACAGAUUUUACAUCCAAGAAUCAGCAUGGCUCUGAACUAGCGUCUUAUUUGAUGGACAACACCAAAAGCAUAUCUGCCGUCUCACCUUUUGCAUGUUUAUCUGGAGUGGUUGAUAAUGAUCUAUUUCAUGGGGAGAUCAUUAAUAAAGCUGUUUUACGUUCCCUUGGAAUUAAUGUCACAAACUGCCCUCUGCUUUAUUUGAACAAGUAUGAUAAUCAAGGAAGGAAAAGGCCACUCAAUGCAUAUGCACUGGACUUCUAUAAGCAUGGCUCCUUGACUGCAUUGACAACUGAUAACUGGUUAAAUGAAGGAGAUGCUUACUACGCACUCAAGGAUUUUUUACUCCUCAUUAAGUCUAUUGGAGCAUCACUGAGUGAACUGUGUGACGAUCCAAAUGAUGGUGUUCUACUGGCAUUUCAGCAACUGGGUGAAAUCUACGACAAGAAACUGAAGCUUGUUGGUUGA